UUGUAUUAUUUGUAUAUAAUAUUGUAUUAUUAUUUUUAUAACCAUUUUAUUUUUAUUCUAAACUUUCAUAAAUUUCUAAAACAAGCGAUUUGCGUUCAUUACAGCAGCCAGUUUUCAAUCUGCCCAACCAAAUCCAGGCCUCACCUCUAAUAAAGAGAGAGAAUUGAAAGUUUCAGUUCCUCUGGAGGUGCUGGGCGGGGCUUAAAGAUUUACUGGCAAAAAUUAAAAAACAUCAAAGGAUGUAAAAGUGUGGACACAGCAGGGCAGGGCUGGCGGGAACCCACGGAGAAAGAGAUAAAGGGAACUCCAAUUCCAGGGAUUUUCUGCAAGGUCUGGAGGGCAGAAGCAGCAGCGUCCGCACAAAGCAGAAGUUCCAGGAAAAGUUCUCUCGGAUUUUGGGGCGCUCCAUGGAAACCACGCCCAGAGACCCCUCAGGACGCCCCUGCAGCAGCAGAAAAGGACUUCCAGAAAGAGGCAGAGCCACAAAAAUCAUUUCCAGGGAAAUUGCAGGGUUUGUGCUAGCUAAGAUGCCCAUUUUGAUGAAUAUGUAUAAUUUUGGUGAAUAAAUACCCCGUGGCAAAUCCCCCCUGCCCUGCAGGACCAGGAGAGCUCGGCUGUGAGUCCCAGCUGAUAAAGAAUUCCGGCUCUGUGCCCCCUCCAGCUCUGUCAGGGAGUUCACUGCGGCUGAUUUCGUGUCCCCCACUGCUCCCGGUGGCCUCUCCCUGCCAUGGCCCCUCUGUCCCUCACCCUGGCCCUGCUGGCCAUCACCGCGGCCACCGCGGCCAUCAAGGUGGUGCCCCUGGACAUGGCCCGGGACUCCUUCGAUGACCGCUACGAGGGCUGCAGCCUCGAGAUGGCCGCGGCCUUGCCGUUCCUCAGCCGCUUUGAGUUCCAGCGCAACCCCCACCUGGCCUGGGUGUGGCCCAAGGCCGCGGCCGAGUGGGAGAAGCGCGGCUCCCCCGUGUCCCCCCUGGCGUCGCCGGAUCAGGCCAUCGCCAUCAUGGCCUACACCAUGAACGACCUCUACGAGCGGUUCAACGACGCCGUGCAGGCGGGCGGCCGCUCGCCGCGGGACUACCGCGACAAAUUCCAGUUCAAGGCGCUGCAUUUCCUGCUGACGCGGGCGCUGGCGUCGCUGCGGCAGGCGCAGGACGGGCGGUGCCGCCACGUGCUCCGCGGCGCGCAGGACGUGCUCUACGUGGCGCGACGCGGGCAGAGGGUGCGGUUCGGCCGCUUCGCCUCGACGUCCAUGAACAACGAGACCGCGCUGGCGCACGGGGCCGACACCAUCUUCCAGGUGCAGACGUGCUACGGCGUGGACGUCCAGGAGUUCUCCAUGUACCCGGACGAGGAGGAGGUGCUGAUCCCGCCCUUCGAGGUGUUCGAGGUCACCGAUGUCACCUACGACGGGAGGAGGUCGUGGGUGUCGCUGCGCUCGGCCGGGACCUUCAGCAAGUACAACUGCGAGUGGCUGUGAGGUGACACGGCCUGGGGACACGCGGGAGUCCCCGGGAGAGGGAAAGAUUUAGGGCUUGACUCAAAACCUUUAGAGAAAUCGAAACACGUUAACCGCGUAAACAUUGUGAAAAAUACAGGAUGUUAAUUCAUGUUCUUACGGGUUAUGGCAUGUUAAAAAAUUGUGAAAAUUAUAAAUGUUAUAGGAGAAUACAGUUUCAGUCUGCCUUGAAAAUUGGCUGAGAUCAAAGCAGGCGCCACCCCUGGAAUUUCACAUUUAAAAGGAGAUAAAAUAUUUACGGAAAACCUUUGGCAUCACAAAAAGACACAUUAAAAUAAUUUAUCAGUUCUCCCCCAUGGGCGGCAGAGCUGUGAAAUGCAAAGUUGUGUUUGGUGUCGGGGAAAUGAGGAAAAUCUGUGGAAUUGUAAUUUUAGAACACGACAGCCACAAAUUUGAGUUCUAAUAAAACAACCCAGGAAAGCGUGGAGGGAAAAUAAAUAAAAUUCAUUUAUUUUGAAUAAAUCUUUUGCUUGCAAUUACCUGUUAUAAGUCUCAAGCUAUUCUGUAAUAAAUGUCUUUUAAUUAUAAUUUUAGAAGAGUUAGGAGAAUUAGAACUUGCUUUGUAUUAAAGAAUUUUUAACUGUAAUUUUAGAUUGUAAAAAGGCUUUUAAACAAAAGAAGGAAAUAAAAAGAGGGUCCAGGUCUUGCACAGAAGGUGGGAAAAAAUCCUGGACACAAAAAUAAGAUUUCAGUUCAUUAACUUAUGGCUCCUGAAGAGGGAAACUAAAAAAUCACUAUCAGAGAUUGAUGGACCUGGAAAAUAAAAAUUGGAAAACAAAUCCUGGAUGGAAAUCCUGGAAUAUUGAAAUAUCAAAAUAGAUCACGAUAUAGAAUUAUACAGGAUAAAAUAUGGAAUUAUGACUGUUGAAUAUUGAAUUGUGGCAUUAAAAUUAAAAAGGAAACUGCUGAGAAAAGCUGAUGAAUUUUGAAAUAUCGAAAUAGAUCACAAUAUAGAAUAGAUAUGUCUAUGUCUAUAGAAUUAUACAGAACAAAAUAUGAAUUUAUAACUGUUGAAUAUUGAAUUGUGGCGUUAAAAUUAGAAAUGGAAAUCACUGAGAAAGUUUAUGAAUAUUGAAAUAUUGAAAUAGAUCACAAUAGUCUAUAGAAUUGUACAGGACAAAAUAUGGAUUUAUGACUGUUGAAUAUUGAAUUGUGACAUUAAAAUUAGAAAUGGAAAUUGCUGAUAAAACCUGAUGAAUUUUGAAAUAGUGAAAUAAAUCACAAUAUAGAAUAGACAUGUCUAUGUCUAUAGAAUUGUACAGGACAAAAUAUGAAUUUAUAACUGUUGAAUAUUGAAUUGUGGCGUUAAAAUUAGAAAUGGAAAUCACUGAGAAAGUUUAUGAAUAUUGAAAUAUUGAAAUAGAUCACAAUAUAGAAUAGAUAUGUCUAUGUCUAUAGAAUUGUACAGGACAAAAUAUGAAUUUAUAACUGUUAAGUGUUGAAUUGUGACAUUAAAAUUAGAAAUGGAACCUUCUGAUAAAAGCUGAUGAAUUUUGAAAUAUUGAAAUAGAUCACAAUAGUCUAUAGAAUUAUACAGGACAAAAUAUGGAUUUAUGACUGUUGAAUAUUGAAUUGUGACAUUAAAAUUAGAAAUGGAAAUCACUGAUAAAAGUUUAUGAAUUUUGAAAUAUCGAAAUAAAUCACAAUAUAGAAUAGAUAUGUCUAUGUCUAUAGAAUUGUACAGGAUAAACUAUGAAUUUAUAACUGUUGAAUAUUGAAUUGUGACAUUAAAAUUAAAAAAGGAAACUGCUGAGAAAGUUUAUGAAUUUUGAAAUACUGAAAUAGAUCACAAUAGUCUAUAGAAUUAUACAGGACAAAAUAUGGAAUUAUAACUGUUAAAUAUUGAAUUAUGAUGUUAAAAUUAGAAAUGGAAACUGCUGAGAAAGUUUAUGAAUUUUGAAAUAUUGAAAUAAAUCACAAUAUAGAAUAGAUAUGUCUAUGUCUAUAGAAUUAUACAGGAAAAAUAUGAAUUUAUGACUGUUGAAUAUUGAAUUGUGAUGUUAAAAUUAAAAAAGGAAACUGCUGAGAAAGUAUAAAUGUGUAUAAAUAUAACAAAUAAAAUCCCAGCAAGUCCAGCAGUCAGAAGUGAAAAUCCUUCCACUGUACCCAGCGCUGCCUUUGCUCACACUUUACCAUGCUAAUUAAUGGAUAAUUAAUUAAUAAUUAAUUAAUAAUUAAAUUGAAUUGCUGCUUGAUCGAUUGGCCGUGUCAAGGGUCUCAUUUCUAAACAGAGCCAUCAGAGCAACACCAUCGUCCAAAUCUCCGGAGAUGAACUUUUAUUAUUCAUAAACUUCGGUGUUUAUUCACUCACGGGAAACCAAAAAUUAAAAAUUUAAUCGUAAAAAUCAUCUUAAAAAGGAGGAGGAAACUCUUUUCAGCUCAGCCAGAGAUAAAAAUGAAUUCGAAUAAACAGCCUAAAAACAAAAGGACUGCGAGGGAAUUUUUGCCAGAGUGGGAA